UAGACUAGUCCCCCCUCGGCAGCGCCAGGCUCUGUCACUACAUGUAAACAAACUCACGCGGCGCCACGACUCACUCAGAACGGUACCUCAGUCAACUCAAAACUUUCGGAUUGAAGAAAGCACACCUGAGGAACACUAGAUUAUUACAAGACUAGCCACGUACCUCACAGCGCCGGCUAGAGCAAAAACAGCAUCUCCAGCACUAAAGGACACAGCAGCUGCAUCCCAUCAUGACCUCUGGGGGUGAGGGUGGCCGCAGGGGCUCACCGGGGCUUGCCGAGACGACCAACGAGGAGUACUUCGCUAGUUACGAGGAUGUGGAGAUCCACCGCCUGAUGGUGAGUGAUGCCCCACGGACACAAGCAUAUGCCGCGGCCAUCAGAAAAAACAAGCACCUGUUUGAGGGGAAGGUUGCCAUGGAUGUCGGCGCCGGGACUGGCAUUCUGUCGCUGUUCCUGGCUGCUGCAGGGGCCAGGCGCGUGCAUGCUGUGGAGGCCAGUGGAAUGGCAGCCAUCAUUGAGAAAGUAGCGGAGGACAACGGCUUCAGGGACGUGAUACAGGUCCACCAUGCUAGGGUGGAGGACAUCACUCUCCCAGGUGAUGAGAAAGUGGAUGUCAUAGUGUCAGAGUGGAUGGGCUUCUAUCUGCUCCACGAGUCCAUGCUGAACUCGGUUAUCUCAGCAAGGGAUCAGUUUCUGUCUGAGGAUGGCACCAUCUUCCCUUCAGAGGCAAGGAUCUACGCCUGCCCGUGCUCCUUACAGACACUCUACCGGGAGCAGAUCAACUUCUGGGAUGACGUUUAUGAUUUCAACAUGACUGCCGUGAAGAACUAUGCACUCAAGUCAAAAAUGAUCAAGCCAGAAGUGUGUCUCAUCAAGGAAGACGACCUGUUAGCAGAACCAACCUGUGUCAAGAAAUUCAACCUGCGCUGGGUGACGGAGGAAGAGGUGAAGCUCUUUGCCGAGACAACUUUUGUGGGAAUUAACCAGCCUGGCACAUACCAGGGACUGUGUCUCUGGUUCGAGUGUGACUUUGAUGGCAGAGAGUACGAUGAGGACGGGCAGGAAGUGGGUGCCCUCAUCACUCUCUCCACCUCUCCCAUGAGCACUGCCACACACUGGAAGCAGACGGUGGUGGUGCUUGGCUAUGGCGCUGGCCAAACCUCAGAACAACCAGCAUUACUGUGCCAAGAAAACCUCAAUGCUAGUAUAGACAGUGCAUGUACCUCCCCCGUCACAAGUAAUGGUAAGACACAAGUGCACAACGGUUCCACACAGAACAUGGAGACCUGUGACAAUACCAUUCAGCCAGACUUUGCCAACCUGGUGGAGAAGGAUGAGGUGGUGGGGUGGAAGCUGGUGUUUGCACAGAGUGAGGAGAACACCCGCCACUACACCAUGACAGUGGAGAUGCUGGACCCUGAGGAGGUGGAGCACCCCAUGCCCUGUGGCUGCCCAACACCCCGCUGUGCCAUCAUUGCCAAGAUGAUGGAGCAGGAUGAGGAUGGCAAUGAUAUCAUUGACUGCACAUAGAAACAGUUCUGUAAUGUUCCUGUUGUUUUAAAAGUUGACAUGAAGUAACUAAAGCUUUCUGGUGCAGACUAUUAACUCUGCUUCAUUAAUUGUUUGCUUCUUUGUUGUGCAAUACGAUGUUAAAUAAAACUUUUUGUAAUGUGUGCUGGUGUAUUUGUUACUGUGUAUCUGGUCAAUAAAUUAUUUCUGCA